GGGUGGGUGAAGCAGUUUCUCCAUUUGCAUGGUUUACAGAGUCCGGAGGACAGGAAAUUGUCUUGGUCUGAGAAGUGGCCAAUAACUGGAAGAGUUUAUUUAAAAAGAUUAAAAAUUUUGUUCGGGCUCUUAUUCUAAAAGCCAGACUCUUGUGGAUGGCAACCAGGCGGCAUCUGAAUAAAUCUCUCGAAGGUCUUGGCGUGAAAGUAGAAUCAUCCAGGAUUGGUCUCCCUCAUUGGAAAGCAUCUUAGAGGAUCUGUGACACGUGGUGUGGUAGGCUGAACCCGCUUGCUGCACCAUGCUGGGCUGCGUUGCCCUUGACACCAGGGUUGGCCACUUGGCCCUGUCUUUUCGAAUGGGCUCCGGGGACCCUGCUCCUGACCCCUCCCUCCUGUGUUGCAGCGACGUCCUCGCCCUGCCCAUCUUCAAGCAGGAGGAGCCCCAGCUGUCCCCCGAGAACGAGGCCUGUCUGCCACCCCUGCAGUAUGUGCUGUGCGCCGCCACGUCCCCAGCUGUGAAGCUGCACGAGGAGACUUUGACCUACCUCAACCAAGGUCAGUCUUAUGAAAUCCGACUGCUGGAGAAUCGGAAGCUGGGAGAUUUUCAGGAUCUGAACACAAAAUAUGUGAAGAGCAUCAUCCGCGUGGUGUUCCACGACCGGCGGCUACAGUACACGGAGCACCAACAGCUGGAGGGCUGGCGGUGGAGCCGGCCCGGGGAUCGCAUCCUGGACAUCGAUAUUCCACUGUCUGUUGGUAUCUUGGACCCCAGGGCCAGCCCGACCCAGCUGAAUGCAGUUGAGUUUUUGUGGGACCCUUCGAAGAGAGCGUCUGCUUUCAUUCAGGUGCACUGCAUCAGCACAGAGUUUACCCCGAGGAAGCACGGGGGCGAGAAGGGCGUGCCCUUUCGGGUGCAGAUCGAUACCUUCAAGCAGAGUGAGAAUGGGGAGUACACGGAACACUUGCACUCGGCCAGCUGCCAGAUCAAGGUGUUCAAGCCAAAGGGAGCUGACCGGAAGCAGAAGACUGACCGAGAGAAGAUGGAAAAAAGAACGGCCCAAGAGAAGGAGAAGUACCAGCCAUCCUAUGAAACCACCAUCCUCUCAGAGUGCUCCCCGUGGCCCGACGUGGUUUACCAGGUGAACAGUGCCUCGUCCCCAAGCUACAACGGCUCUCCGAACAGCUUCGGCCUUGGCGAAGGCAACAGCUCCCCAACCCACCCGGUGGAGGCCCUGCCCGUGGGCAGUGACCACCUGCUUCCCUCGGCCUCCACGCAGGACGCCCAGCAGUGGCUCCACCGCAACAGAUUCUCCCAGUUUUGCCGGCUCUUCGCCAGCUUCUCGGGUGCUGACCUGCUGAAGAUGUCCCGUGAUGACCUGGUCCAGAUCUGCGGCCCUGCAGAUGGGAUCCGGCUUUUUAACGCCAUCAAAGGCAGGAACGUGAGGCCGAAGAUGACCAUUUACGUCUGCCAGGAGCUGGAGCAGAGCCGCGUGCCCCUGCAGCAGAAGCGGGACGGCGGUGGGGACCCCAAUCUGUGUGUGUACCACGCCAUCUUCCUGGAGGAGCUGACCACCUUGGAGCUGAUUGAGAAGAUCGCCAACCUGUACAGCAUCUCCCCGCAGCACAUCCAUCGGGUGUACCGGCAGGGCCCCACCGGCAUCCACGUGGUGGUCAGCAACGAGAUGGUGCAGAAUUUCCAAGAUGAAUCCUGUUUCAUCCUCAGUACCUUAAAAGCCGAGAGCAAUGACGGCUACCACGUCAUCCUGAAAUGUGGCCUCUGAACAGAGACGAGCAGGCAGCCACCUCCUACCCUCAGCCCCACGGACCCCCCUUGGAUGUAGAAAUCGCACCCUGGGAAGCUGCGGCGAGGAGGGGCCUGGCCCAGCCCAUGAAAGCCACAGACCAACCCCUAGCCGAGACCCUCGGAGGCCAUGUCUCUGGCGGGCAGAAAGCCUCCCCCUCCCCCUAGCCCCAGCUUGGGAGCGGUUCCUUGUUUUUCUUCCCAGCCCUGCCAUUCUGAAGAGGCCGACGGUGGGGCAUCUCCUCUGAUGCUCCCCUAGUUGGAGGCUAGCUCACCGGGUACCAGGGUGCCACCUGUACUGGUCCCUGCCUUCACCCUCUUCUCUGGUAACUGGCUCAGUGAUGGGGCUGCUGAUGAAAUGGGGGUUUGCGACUGUUCUCCUGUCUUCGUGUCGGUUUCCUGUCUCCGUGACCCUGGUGAGCAUCCGUCUUUCCUGUUACUGGGUGGAUCGAUGGGAGUUGGGUUUAUUCUGUGCCUCCUGCUUCUUUCACGUUUACCUUGAUUCUAAGGGUCUGCUGCUGCUCGGAGCCCAGAGGCGGGCUCGCAUCUCUUCACUGCCGGGCUAGACAUGCCACGGGGCCACACAGACCUAGUUCUAAGGCCCUUGGGAGGGACAGGGGGAGGCUAGAAAGACUAAUUUUAGGCACAUUCUCAUGAAUAUAAAAGGGAAGAGAACCAAAUGAUUCCUCUUGAGCUCCUUCGGUAUAAUUUUAUUUCCUAAGCAAUCAUGGGUAAAGGAGGACUAGGAAAUGAACAUUCCAUUGUAGGAUCACAUGACCUUGACUAUCCCGACACCAGGCCCUCUUGAAUGGACUCAGCAAAUCCCAUUUAGAGAAGACCUCCAAACUUGCCAAGCUUCCUAGAGACGUUGUAUCCUCUGGGAGGGCUCCCCUUUAAAUGUUUCUCUUUUUUCAUUUGUAGAGGGUGUGUUUGGGGCAUUUCACCUGCACUGGAAUGGUUGGAUCACCUUUCUUAGUGGCCUAACUUUCGGGAAAUUUGAAUAUCAGUAACCAGUAGACUCAGCAAUUAGCCUUUAUCUCUGUUUCCUGGGACCCACUGAUCUGUACUGGCCCCAGGCUUCAACUCUUUGCUCCUGUAAAUUCAACUUAUAAAGCAUGGUGGGCGCUGUGACCAACCGAGUAGGACUUGACAGCUUUUAAAGUGGAGCUUUGGGGGAAUAUAGAGAUGAUCAGAACGGGUAGACCUUGCUUUACAGAUGGAGAAACCAAAGCCCAGAGGGGCGAAGCCACCUGCCUGAUAUCACAUAGUGAUAGGGUAAUGACAUAAAUUUGUCAUCUAAACCAGGACACUUCUGAGAGUGAAAGGGGCUCUAGCAGUAACUGCGUUGGGACAACGGGUGUGGUGUCCUACGGUGUAAGGACAAGCUUCUGGUUCCCUCUCCUUUUUGGGGGUUGGGGGAGAGGAGCACAUAACAGCUUUACUGAGAUAUGAUUCACAUACUGUACAAUUUACCCGUUUAUAGUAUACAAUUCUAUGAUUUUUUAGUCAAUUGACAGAACCACCACAUCAAUUUUAGAACAUUUUCAUCAUCCCUAAAAGAAACCCUGUACCCUUGGCAAGUACUCUCCUAUUUUCCUUACAAUUCCUCUACUCCUAGGCAACCACAAAUCUUCUUUCUAUAUGGGUUGACCUAUUCUGGACAUUUCACGUAUGUGGAAUCAUACAAUAUGUGGUCUUUUGUGACUAGCUGUUUUUUCACUUAACAUAGUGUUUUCUAGGGUCAUCCAUAUUGAACAUAUAUCAGUACUGCCGUCCUUUUUAUAGCUUAAUAAUAUUUCAUUCUAUGGCUAUACCACAUUUGUU